AUGGCGGCGGGCGGUGCGGAGCGGCGGCUCCGGUACUUGACGACACGGGAGGUGGCGGAGGCCGGGCGGCCCCUGCUCAGUGCUCUCGGCCGCGUUUACGACCUGGGCCCGCUGCUGCGUGGCGUCACCCUUGCCCCCCUGCUGGCCGCCGUCGGCACGGACGUGAGCCGCUGCUUUGACCCCGAGAGCGGCGACUCCCAGGGCGGCGGGGGUGCGAGCUGGGCGAUCCCGGUGCGAGACGGGGAUCCCCGCACGGGCGGGACGGGGCGGCGGCCUCCGAUCCCGGCCACGCGCGUCAGGCGUCCCUCCCACCGGCAGCCGCUGCCCCGCGUGGAGCCCCGCACCGGCCAGACCGGCUCCCGGUACCCGCUGGGGACCCCGGGCGGCUCCCGGCCCCUCGCGCCGCGCUCAGACGGGGUCCUUCCGUGGCACGCCGCGUGGUGGCGGGACCCCCGGCUGCAGGUGGGACGUCUGACGGCCGCCCCCCGCCUGUUGCGCCUCUACAACGCCCUGACGGGCCAGAACUGCGUCAUCGAGGUCAGUGGGACGAGGGGCACCCGGGCCCCGAGAUACGAGCCCGCACCCCGGUGGGAUCCUGCUGUCCCCAGCGACGUGCUGGGAACCUCGGCCCCGUCCCCUUCCCUUCUUACGGUCCCCCAGGUGUGCGGGGAGGAGCCGGUGGGAGCGGCGCUGCGGCGGGCGCGGGGCUGGCAGGAGCAGCUGGAGAAAUACACGGCGUGCUACGGCGGCGUCCCGCUGAACCCCCACCUCAGCCUGGAGCAGAACGGGAUCCCGGACAGCACCUCCGAGCUGCGCAGCCUGCGCCUCGACCCCAAGGACUUCAUCCCCACCGUGUUUCUCUACUUCAACGAUGACGCUGGCAGCGCCAGGGAAGCGGCCCUGAGGAGCUCCUGUGCAGAUCCAAGGCUGCUGUUGGUGUUCCGGUCACUGCGGAGGAAGGCUCCCACCCCGUGCACCCAUCUGCUGUGCACACCCGCCGGUCGCAGCUCAACCUGCCAUGGGACACAAGGUCGCAUCCUCCCAAGGGGCUGGAAGAGGGGGGAUUGGACACGAUCCCAUGGCACCCCUGGAGCCCCUAAAGUCCCUGUGUCACGGUUCUAUGCUUUUUUUUGGUUUUUUUUGUUUUUUGUUUUUUUUUUGGGUUUCAGUAUUCCACAUCAGAACUUCAUGCAGUGUACGAGGCAUUAAAGUGUCACUGCCCCAAUCCCAGGUACCGAUCCCUGUGCAUUACAGCAGUCACGGGAUCUGGCCCUUCCAGCUGGCCGCUCUCUGGCUGCCUUGCACUGGGUGCUGCAGGCGCUUUCCUGGCCGUUCCAAGCUGUUCAGGUUUGACUCGGUCCCGGGAACUCUCUCUCUCAUCUUGUCUGUUUUAUUCAUCUCCAUUUCAAUUUAAUUGUAUCUAUUGUGAUAUCUUGUAUUCCGCUAUUACAGUACAAUCAGUUUUCCUCCAUAGAUUGCUGCCGCUGCUCUUCUCCUUCCUUCCUUCCCAUUUCUGUGGCACUGGGGUGGGGGCAGGCAGAGGCCUGGUGCCCUGUCACGGAUGUAGAUUGAUCUGGUCAACGCCGUGACACAUUAUUACUGAAUUAUGUGAUUAAUUCUUUCUUGCAAAACUGUAAUAGUUGUUAAAUGUUACGAACAAUGCGAAUAUAGCAUUAGGGAUCAGAAAACAUCUUGUUCUGUCAGGAUAAGAAACUGCCAGCAAAAGAAAAAUAGAUGUAGCAACCAUCAAAGGAGUUGGGGCCUCUCCACGAGGCCGAACCGCCUCACUCCUAAGGAGGCUGGGAUGUGCCAGGCACCAAGAGCCUCCCCUGCUUUUCUGCCGAGCUCAUCUUUGUGGAAAGGACAGGCAGAUAUCCGCAAAAUAACGAUCAGGUGUGGAAUAAGUUAAUUAAUGAACUACGGAUUUACGCUUAUGCAGCAAAGAUUUGUUUGUUGAGUGUUUCCAUGUUUAGUGAAGCAUCAGGAAGAUUGUGAACCUGCGAUACUCAGCCAGUGAGGAACCAGGGCAGAACGAGAUCAGUGUCGGGGAAUAGGGAAUAAAAGAUGGAACUGUUUUUCUGGGUGCUCUCCUGCUUGCAGGAGGCCCAGCAUCGCAACUGUGGGAAUCAAAUGAUGUUUCUGCAUUAGAAUUGUAUAAUAUUAUUUUUAUUUCAUGAUCUCCGCUAUCAUAGUUCUUUUUGGGAGUCCCUCUACUUCACUUGAGGAGGAUCUCUGAUAAGUGAUUUAAACUUACCGUAUAGACGAACCUUCCCAGGCACGCACACUG